CACCCUUUAACACAUUGCUUUAUUGCUGGAGAGAGCAAUGUCCUACAAUGGGCACAGAAGAAAUGAGGGAGUGCCAAUAGGGGUGUCACAGACACUCCAUCCCUCACUGAGACACAUGAGGUGCCAGACAAUUAUUAAAUUAUAAUUAAUUUAUAAUAAUAUUCUAUAGUUUAUAUAAAUUUAUAAUAAUUUAAUAAUUAAUUAUUAAAGGCUAAGUACCUUUGAGGUGGCUUCUGUAUUUGUAGGGUAUUUGUGAACUGAUCUGGGGGAAGCAGAACGGAGAAGAACCAGCUCUGCAGAGCAUCUUGGUCUCCCACAACACAAAAUUUUGGUUAUGUUUUGAUGUUCUGCUGUACAGAUUGCAGCCAGAAUUGACCCAGAGUAAUCUGUUACAUUCUAAAAAGUCAUUACACGAAGUAUCAAGAACUUACAAAGCACUAGUUAAGUUAAUUUCUGUCAUAGGUGACUCCUCAUGAGAUGUCAGAAGCAGCUCAGCCCUGCAGGGAGCAGAGUAGGUCUGUGCAUAUGUGUGUCCAUUCCCUCCAGUCAAGGUGCAGAACAAGUCAUUCAUGGGAAAGCUUUUUAUGUGUCUGUCAGAAUUAAUCUGUCCUAGCACAUAACAGUUUGACAGCAAUAUUAUUUUUCCCAGUUGUGCUUUUGAAGAAAAAACACCAUCCUCUCAAAAUGAGCAUCCCUGAGAUGAAGAGGGAUGGAUGCUAUAAACGAUUACCGUGUUAUUUUUUGGAAUGCUGGCUCAGGAGGGCUUCCUCCAAACGAAACCACUUUUGCCAAAAUACUGCAGCACCAAGGCUACAGCACAGGACUGAUAGGGAAGUGGCAUCAAGGUGUUAACUGUGAAUCCCGCAACGACCAUUGCCAUCAUCCUUUGAAACAUGGAUUUGACUAUUUCUAUGGCAUGCCUUUUACACUAAUAAGUGACUGUCAGCCAACAGAAACACCAGAGAUGGACAGAGCCUUUAGAAGGAAACUCUGGCUUUCCACUCAAAUGAUUGGCCUCAUUACACUCACUGCUGUCCUUGGAAGACUCACAGGCUUGAUUUCAGUCCGCUGGAAAACACUGACCUGCCUUGCUGGGUUUAGUCUCCUGUUCUUCAUAUCCUGGUUCUCAAGUUAUGGAUUUGUACGGCAUUGGAACUGCAUUAUGAUGAGAAACCAUGGGAUUACUGAGCAGCCAAUGGUGACAGACAGAACUACGUCCCUUAUCUUGAGAGAGUCCAUUUCAUUUAUUGAAAGAAAUAAGAACAGACCAUUCCUCCUCUUUCUUUCCUUUUUGCAUUCCCACACUCCUCUCCUCACCACGGAGAAGUUUCUUGGGAGGAGCAGACAUGGUUUAUAUGGAGACAACGUAGAAGAGAUGGACUGGAUGGUGGGCCAGGUUCUAGAUGCUAUUGACAAGGAAGGCUUGAGACAUAGUACACUGGUUUACUUUGCCUCUGAUCAUGGUGGAUGGCUGGAACGACAAGAAGGCAAAAGGCAGCUGGGUGGCUGGAAUGGAAUAUACAAAGGUGGAAAAGCUAUGGGAGGAUGGGAAGGAGGAAUCCGUGUCCCAGGGAUAUUUAGAUGGCCAGGAGUGCUACCUGCAGGCAGCGUUAUUGAUGAACCUACAAGCCUUAUGGAUAUUUAUCCUACAGUAGUUCAUUUGGCUGGAGGGACAGUGCCUCAGGACAGGGUGAUUGAUGGCCGGGAUCUGCUGCCCCUACUGCGAGGCACGGUGGCGCACUCGGAGCACGAGUUCCUGUUCCACUACUGCGGCACUCACUUACACGCUGCACGCUGGCACCAGAAGGACACUGGAGCUGUUUGGAAGGCUCAUUAUGUGACUCCCAUCUUCAGUCCUCCUGGAGCUGGGGCUUGUUAUGACAGAGGAUUUUGUCCAUGCUUUGGGGAGGGAGUGGCCCAUCAUGAGCCUCCAUUGCUGUUUGAGCUUUCACAAGACCCUUCAGAAGCCAAACCUCUCUCGGCUGACACAGAGCCCCUCUUUGAGACUGUCCUAAGGAAGAUUGGCAGAGCCAUAGAGGAGCACCGCAGGACUCUGACUCCAGUGCCAGAGCAGCUCUCUGUGUCCAACGUGGUGUGGAAGCCGUGGCUGCAGCCCUGCUGUGGGACAUUCCCGCUCUGUUGGUGUGAUAAGGAAGAUGACAGCACACAGAUUUUCUGAGAUGCAUGUCUAAUGACACAUCCUGUGCCACUGAGUACUCUACUGACAAAGAUAUCAGAUAAUAAUGGAGUUUUUUCUUCUCCUGGGAAGCAAAGUGGAUGAAAAUAAAGAAGAAGAAAAGGAAUAUCAAUCAGAAGUUUUCCCCUUCGUUCUUUGCCACUAGCUGAAGGUUUAAGGAAAUCCUGGUUUUGCAGAUUUGAGUAUAAGAGAAAACUAUAGAGGUGUGCUCCCAAUAUCUGACUAAUUUAUGCCUUCUCAAGGAACACAGUUGAAAAAUGCUGCAGAGAGCCAAGUGCACAGUGCUGAGCAGGCAGCAGUAAGAAA